CGCGUGGAGCACAAAGGAGGCGCAGCCAAUGAGGCCUCUUCCUCGGCCAGUGUCUCGUGAAGCUCGGCGCCUGGUUCCGAGAAAGCCCCAGGCCUCUUGCAGCCUGGUCCUGCCUUGCAGCCCCAAGCCGCCUACCGCCUCCUCCUCCGCGCAUCCCUCCCCUUCAGUGCCAUGAUGGCAGCCUUUCCUCCUCUUCUUCCUCCUGCACCUCGGCUCCUUUUGUUGCUGACGGUGGCUGCAGGCUGGGUGGGGAAGGAGCCCGCCGCCUUCGCUGCUGUUACUGCAGGGGAUCCCGCUCCGCCGGGCAAAAUAGCUGUGAUAGGAGGCGGGAUUGGUGGCUCAUCUGUGGCCCAUUUCCUGCAGCAACACUUUGGGCCACAGGUUCAGCUUGACGUGUAUGAAAAGGACACUGUGGGGGGCCGCCUAUCCACUGUCACCGUCAACAAGCAGCAGUACGAAAGCGGUGGGGCCUCCAUCCACGCCCUCAGCUUGCACAUGCAAGACUUUGUGAAACUGCUGGGACUCAAGCACCGCCGAGAAGUGGCAGGAAAAAGUGCUAUAUUUAAUGGGGAGCAGUUUGUCUUGGAGGAGACAGACUGGUACCUGCUGAACCUCUUUCGGCUCUGGUGGCACUAUGGCAUGAGCUUUCUCCGCCUACAGAUGUGGGUGGAGGAGGUAAUGGAGAAGUUCAUGAGGAUCUACAAGUACCAGGCCCAUGGCUAUUCAUUCUCUCGCCUUGAGGUGCUCUUGCACUCUCUGGGUGGUGACACUUUUGUGAACAUGACUCAACGCACGGUGGCUGAGUCACUCUUGGAGGUGGGCGUCACCCAGCGUUUCAUUGAUGAUGUCAUUGUGGCCAUUCUCCGUGCUGGCUACGGCCAAUCAGUAUUGGUGCCGGCCUUUGCAGGAGCCAUGUCAAUAGCAGGAGCCCAGGGCAACAUGUGGGCUGUGGAAGGUGGAAACAAGAUGGUGUGCUCAGGUUUGCUCAGGCUCACCAAAGCCAAUAUAAUCCAAGCCACUGUGACAGCCAUCUCUCUGCACAAUUCAGAAGGAAAAACCUUUUACCAGGUACACUAUGAAGAUGAGGAAGGCCAAGGUUCUAGCUUCUAUGAUAUUGUAGUCAUCGCCACCCAACUACAUGAUAGCAAGAACAACAUCACUUUUCAGAACUUCGAUCCUCCCAUUGCAGAGUUCCCUGGAGUCUUCCACACCACUGUCACUUCCAUUGUCCAUGGCUACUUCAACUCCUCCUAUUUUGGCUUCCCAGAUCCAAAGCUCUUUCCUUUCGCAAGUGUCCUCACUACAGACACCCCUGCCCUCUUCUUCAAUUCAAUGGAUAAUAUUUGCCCUGUCAAUAUAUCAGGUGUCUUCAGACGAAAGCAGCCCCAGGAGGCUGCCGUGUGGCGCGUCCACUCUCAGCGCCCACUGGAUAAGCCAGAGCUGAAGAUUCUGUUCCGGUCCUACUAUUCUGUUCAAGUGACUGAAUGGCAGGCCUAUCCUGACUAUGAAUCUGCCAAGACCCUCCCACCGAUCAUUCUGCACAACAACCUCUAUUACCUCAAUAGUGUGGAGUGGGCAGCCGGCUCAAUGGAAAUGGCUGCUGUAGCUGCCAAAAAUGUUGCCCUCUUAGCCUAUAACUAUUGGUAUCAUGAUUUGGAGAAGAUAGACCAAAAGGACCUGAUGCACAAAGUCAAAACUGAGCUGUGAAUUUAACUAAAACUGCUAGAGCAGAUUUUCUGAGAGCCUCUCCAUUAUUGCAUGUAGGCUAAGGAGAGUACAGGAGGAUUACACUGGAGUUUCUGUAGGGAGGGAAGACUAACUUAGCACAUGAACCUUGUCUGCUGUCUGUAGUCAAAGCGUCCUGUACUCAGAUGCCAUUCUGUCUCAGAGUGGCUGUGAACAUGUGCGUAAGUACACCGUUUAUAAGGAUUAGCAGACCACCUUGGAAGAGGGUGACAGUCUGGUCCGACUCCUACUUUAAAAUGGAGCAUCCAUUCUUCUUGGUCUGAGGGCUCCUUACCCGUGGAACUGUGUAGAGACACUGGACGUUGCUUGACAAACUGCAGGUUUUGAAGGAAACUACCACAAAAGAGACCUUCUCUUGCUUCUGUAGCAUAUGCAGUCUUAGAUCCUAAUUGUGCUGUAUUCCCUUCUUGUUCUUAAAUGUUGGUUUGAAAGGGAAUGGAACUUCUGGGGGUAGUGAAAUGCUCUUGUGAAAUUGUAUUUCUGCCAAUGGAAGCAGUGCUAUUUUUUGCAUUACUAGGCCCCAUUAACUCUCAUCUAAUUAGAUAACCAGAAAACUCUGAGUUGGAUCUUCAAAUACUAAUGCUCAGGUUUGACAUCCUGUGGAUCCCUACUAACAGGGCACUGCAUUAUCAAUGCCUUGAUAACCUUGAAACUCCAGCUAACACCUAAUCUUAUGCAGCCUUUCCUAUGUAUUGGGGGAGCAGGUUUCCAGGUUGACCAAGUAGAUUAAGCAUACUCCCCUCCUAAGACAACAAUAUUUCCUUCAUUUUCAAAACAAGGAGAAACUGUUAUAUAGUCAUUUGGAAACUUUCCUGUGUUUGACCAUGUCUGUCAUCUCAGAGAUGCCUGAAGUGGUAUAGCAAAGGACUCCUCUCAAACAAGGCCAGGCAAGUUACUCUGGCAUUUAAGUCAGAAAGCCCCCAAGUCUAUCUUUUUAUGCCUUGCUGACAGUAAAAAAAUAUAUAAGAAUCAACAAAGAACAGUUUUCUGACUUUUUAUGGCCUCACAAUUCUGCUGCCUGAAGCAGGCUUGUCAUUACUUAAUAGGUGGGUUGCCCUAGGGCUAACAAGUUUUAUGAAGCUGAUUCUUUAAGUCUCGGGGCCCUUCUACACAGCCCUAUAUCCCAGAAUAUCAAGGCAGAAAAUCUCACAGUAUCUGCUUUGAACUAGGCUAACUGAGUCCACACUGCCAUGUAUUCCAAUUCAAAGCAAAUGUGGGAUUUUAUUCAGCUGUGUGGAAGGGGCCUAAGAGUGUUGAUUCAGCAAACCAAACACCUGCUGCUUCCACUAAAGAUGUUCUUAUCUGUAAUUACUUUUUAGGGUAAAGAAACAGUAUGAUUCAAUUGAUUCAUUGAAUCAAUUGUAUAUUUUGGUUGUCAGAAAAAUGACUGAUCUCAGCAGCAUUGUCUAAGAUGGCAUACAUACUGGAUUUAAAAAAAAAGAAAAGUUGAGCAUGGGCUAAAGAAUGGCAUAUAUGCAAAACAGUGUCAAGAAUAACACUUUAUUAUCAAAUAUUAAAACUGCCUCUAAAUCACAAUGAAUGGCAGGUGGACCUCAUUUCCAAAAGGGGCAGGGCAAACAAGAGCUGAAGAGCUGGCCUUCGUUUAAUAAAUAAACCACCUUAGCUGACUGUUGAAUACCCGUCUUCCAAGUAUGAGUGAACAAAAGAAAGGUGAAAGUCAGGCUAUCAGAUCAUUCUUCUGUUCAAAAGUAACCCUCUAGAUCAGGGGUCCAUAAUCGUGUGCUUCUACAGUUAUUGUUAGAUUGCGAAUUCUAGCAUAACCCAGCAUAACCAAUGAUAAUGAAUAAUUGGAAUUUCAGCCCCAACAUUCGGAAGGUUGAAGGAUUCUUGCCUUUGCCCUGAAACACUGUUACCCUUUUUAUGUAUUUGUUUAUUUACAACUGUUAUUUUGAUUCAUAGAUACCUUGGCUUUGUGUUCCAUAAACAGAGCAAUUCAUCAUUA